AUGAGCCGGAAAGGUUUGGCGUCGUUUGAUCGCAAUGCUGACCAGCAAACUAAGUUUCAAGAUCUGGGACAGGCAAUGCUGAGGCAGCGUGAGGAACAACUAAGAACCCAGCUCCAGGUUUUCCAAAACGCGUUGGUCAACUUUAAGCAGGAGCACAAGAAAGAAAUGAUGAAGAACCCCCAUCUGCGAGCGCAAUUCAGCCAGAUCUGUGAAAGUUUUGGAGUCGAUCCACUCUAUAUGACUGCCGAAGACGACCUCGAUCCCGAAGAAAGAAACAAUAGACUUGCCAUUAGAAUAUAUGAGAUAUGUCAAGCAACUAGAGACCUGUAUGGGGGUAUUAUAUCUGUGGAUGAGGUGAUCCAGCUGGUGACUAGCACUAUCCAGGAUGGCUGGCAAUUCAAAAUGAACCACCAUGAUGUGCAUGUUGCCGUGGAGAGCCUGAAAGUGCUGGGAAAUGAGUUGGAAUUGGUCAAAAUCGGGUCCAAAAUGUAUAUCAAGUCAGUGCUCCAGGAGUUCAAUGCUGAUCAAAGCCAAAUACUGACCGCUGCAGACAAUAUUGGGUAUGUCACGGUUUCCAUCCUGCGCGACAACUUCCACUGGAAAACAGCAAGAUGCAAAUCAAACCUGGACGACCUACUUUCCAUCGGGCUGUUGUGGAUUGACGAUCAAGCUGAUGAAAGAUGCUAUUGGUCAACAACAUGGAUUAACAAAAGUCAUUAG